AUUAUUAUUAUGUUGAUUGUUGCCGACUUACGUGGUGGGCCUUAAUAAAAAUGAUAGGGUAAACGAUCCUAUUAUUGGCACCCCACCAGUAAUUGGCACCCUGCUAAGAAACAUUUUGUAAUAAAGAAAGUUUUAAGAUGGUAGUGCUGUUAUAGAAACAGAUGAAGACCUCUGUUUCCGCUUGUUGCGCUGCAUUUGUUUCAACGCCUUCUGGGAACUGGUUUGGCGGGAAGCUGACCUGAAGUCGAUUGUUGUGAAGUUCCCUGUGCAAGAAAGGAUUUUCUAAGAGAAGUAAACUGAAUGAAAUAUGGGUCCUAGGCGAAAGAUUCAUACAGUGAAGAAAGCCUUCAGGAAGCAAUCCAAGAAGUAAAGAAAGGCAUCUCAUUCAAAGCAGCAUCCAGAAUGUACGGGAUUCCCAGAUCAACAUUACAAUUCCAGCUGAGUAAUAAAUAUACCAAAUCAUCCCAUGGGCCAGCGCCUAUACUGACCACAGAGGAGGAAAACACCCUUGUUUGGUGGAUCUUUGAAUGUGCUCAGAAGGGAUUCCCACGGCGAAAACAAGAUAUUCAGGCAAGCGUGCGAGAAUUUCUUCAUAACAGUAAACGUCCUAAUCCUUUUAAGGAUGACACCCCUGGUAACAAAUGGUAUUCUGCCUUUUUAAAAAGGCAUCCGGAAGUUUCUGAAAGAACACCUGAGGGUGUAACUGCUGCAAGUGCUUGUGUUAGUAAACAAGACGUGAGAGGAUGGUUUACGUCCACAGAAGACCUCCUUAAGGAGGAGAAUGUAUUUGAUGUGCUGUCAUGUCCAAGCCGUAUUUUCAAUGGCGAUGAAACUAAUUUUGUUCUGUGCCCUAAGAAAGAUAUUGUACUUGCACCCACGGGCUUUAAAAAUCUCUAUGAAGUAGAGAAAGGUCCAGCCAAAGCUACUCUCACUGUCAUGUGCACAUUCUCAGCAGAUGGAAAGAUGUGCCCUCCAAUGAUAAUUUACCCCUAUCAGAGAAUUCCUACCAAAGUUAUCAGCAAGGUUCCUGAAAAGUGGGGCAUCGGGAGAAGCGACAGUGGAUCGAUGAUAUCUGAAGUUUUCUUCGAGUUCAUUUCUCCUACGACCAGUAAUUCUGUUUGUUUAUGGUCAUAAAACCCAUUUAACAUACCACUUGAGCGAGCUGUGUAAAGAUCUUAAAAUUAUUCUGACAUCUUUGUAUCCCAAUUUUACACGAAUAUUACAGCCUGCUGAUGUUGCUGUCUUCAGACCUCUCAAAAGUGAAUGGAAGAAUGCUGCAUUCUCAUUGCAAACAAACAACGGUGGAAAAGCUAUAACUAAAGAGGACUUUGCACCAAUCUUGAAAGAAAUGAUUGAAAAAAUCGACCUUGAAAACACAAUUAAAAAUGGUUUCAGAGCUAUCGGGUUGUACCCAUGGAACCCAAGUAACACUGAUUUCUCAAAGCGCUUGGGUAGUAAUGUUUCUGACCGCAAUAAUAUUACCAGCAACAGCAGGAAGUCAGAAAUCCUGCCUCUUCCAUACGACACUUUCGUUCAGGUUGUUGGAGAAGAUAAAAUAAAUGAAUUUGAGACUAUACAGAAUAUGACAGAAAACGCUCAUGGAGAAGAUUUCUUUCUUCUAUAUUGGCUAUGGAAAUGUUAUCAAAAUGAAAAACAAAAACAGGAACAGAAAGCUACUCAAAUCACGCCGUAUGCCAACGUGUCCCUUUCUGAUGAAAAUUUGAACAUUUCAAAUCCACAACAUGCCUCGAGUGAAGAAGCUAGCCAGAGUUCAUCAGGAAGAGAUGCCACAGAAAAUACGCCUAUAGUAAAUAAAACUCCAACCAAAUGCAUAAACGAAGUGCUUCUUUGGUCAGAAACGCCAAAAAGGAAAGGAAAGCGACAAGUGGAACGAGUCCCAUUUGUUUUAACCUCAAGAAAGUGGAAUAACCUGCACGAAGAAAAGGUGAAAAUGAGGGAGGAUGCCAUGAAACAGAAAGAAAAACGAAAGCAGGGAAGAGAAGAGAAGAAAAUGAAAAAGCAAGCUACUCAACAAAUUAAUAAAAAGAAGAAAAUGAAGAGAGAUACCAGCAUUCGGACAGAGCUGACAUCCCAAGCUAAGCAUUCAGAGGUUGAGAACGCUCCAGCUUCUACAAGUGGUUGCAUGAGGACUAAAGAAAAAGAGUUUCAUGGAAUGUGCUUCAAAUGUACAAGAAGUGUUUCUUCCAAGAAGGGAUAUGAAUGUAAUAGCUGUAAAAAACUUUUCCACUCUACAUGCAUACCCAGUGGACAUCAAAUACAUAUCCCAGAUGAUUCAGAUGAUGAUUUCUUUGUAUGCCAUAAUUGUUACGUGGUACAUGAUAGUGACAAUACUGAUGCCUUUGAUGAUGAAAGUGAUUUCUCAGAAUCGGUGGAAUAAAUUCUUACUGCUUGCAUCACGCAAAGGCCUGUGAAUAGCAGUUAUUCAGGAAUAGUACUCACACAAAGGAAAGGACUGAGAACAAACUCAGUUUGGUGUUUCUGUAAUUCAUUUGUUCUAUUUGUAUAGAGUGUUAUGUAAUUUUACUGAAUUAAUAAAUUGAUUCUCAGUUUUU